GUCUCUAAAACCAGCACCAGAACUUGCUAUUUUUGGAUCAGUAAAAAAGGUUAUGUGGCACUUUGGGCGGAGCUUAAAUGAGGGCUCCGUCUAUGACAUCAUCACCAGCGAUUGACAGGUCCAGCUGCAUGCCCCCACCCCAACAAUGAUCGACAGGUCCAGCUGCAUGCCCCCACCCCAACGAUGAUUGACAGGUCCAGCCGCUGCUUCUAAAUUUAUGUUAAAACACAUAGAUUAAUUCCCUAAAACUUAUCGUCUAGGCUGUUCACAUACAUUGUAUUAAACAUUGUAUUACAAACAGCACGUCCAUGUUAAACCUGUCAAUCAUCGUUGGGGGGUCAAUGCUUAAAUGGAAGCCUGUGCAUAUCCUAUGGGACAAUCAGUUUGCUCGAGUUACGCUUCUUUCCUGUUAGGGGAUUGUGCCCAUCCAUGUUUUAGAAUAUUUGCACUUUUUGCAUACUGAAAGAAUUUUUUUAAUACCAUUCAAUAAGUAAAAAAUAUGUGUAUGCAUAGUUUAUGCACAAAACCAUUCAUAUGCAUGACCAAUAAAUAAAACCCCAGAUGUUAUGAACUCAACGCUCCACAGCUGAAGUUAGAGAAUUGAGUCCAUGCUGCACAUAACAGAGCUUAACAUCACUAUGCACACAGUCAAGAGAUAGCCUUUCAAUCAACAUCUAAUUUAUAAUAUUGGAAAAACUUAUAAUAUGGGAGAAGUAGGACCCAUAGUUCAGUGAUGGACUCUGCAAGUAAGCAGGACAUAAAUAUUCUGUCCACUGUCCCAUAAUGAGACAAAGUACCAGUACUCUUGAAUCAUCAAAUGUAUCAGUUUAAGGAUAAAACACAAAGCAACUAGAAAAUGUUCCUCGGAAUGUUCCAUUUGACUCCCAAUGCGUUUCACUACUGUUCUCAUCAUCUCCAAAUCUGAGGUAAAAAAUGAGAAUUUGACUAUUCUGAGGCUCUUCUAACGAAGUCAUCAGAGUGUUGGAGUCGCUAUCCAGGUCACGAGACAGCCAUCAUUACCGGAUAUGUUAGCAUGCUAUUCCUGACUCCUUCCCUAGCGCAGUGUCAGUGAUGAUUAGCCUAGAUUCCGACCCUUGAAGGUGCGAGGGAGCCUCAGACAGAGUCUGCCUGCUGCUGUUUGCAGCCAUUACACGGAGGGCUGGUCUGGCUAAGGUAGCAGAAUCAUGUGGCAGCAUUUCAUAGCACACCGCUCUCUGCAGAGAGCAGCAUGUUCUCAUAAAAGAUGAGAGAUGUGCUGUCAUAAAACUCUACCAAGCACGCUUUAUAACAAAAGCUCCAGGGCUGAAAUUCACACUUGGACUAUACUUGCACCCCUUAAUGCUGCUUCAAGCUGUGUUCCAGACACGGUUUAUGAUAGCAAUUCUUUCCCAGCAUAAAGCGAAAUCUGUUCAAUACUAUGUAACCAUAAAAAUGCAAGCACAAGCCCAGAACCCCUGAGCUGAAGGAAAUUGCAUUCAUCCAGUAAUGAACAUAAAAGAGAUGCAUUAUUGAAGUGUGAUUUUGUUACUGCUGUAUUAUCAUCUUGGCCAUUAUUGUUACUUUCAGUUUUGUUAUUACACUGCAAAAUCUGCUGUAUAAUAACAAUUUGACUCAAUUUAUUGCCAGUCUAACACUGCUGGUUUUACUCUGUGUAUAAGAAUUGCAAAAUUGUCAGAUGCCAAAGGAUAUAUAAUAAUGAGUCAUUUCUUAUGCAGUGUGUUGUGUAGAGUUUUAAGAUAUAUACUCAAAGGAUUCUGGUAUUACUUCAGGCAUAUCCCCGCUUUGUGCAUUAGCAUCAUCCGUGAAUUGGUGGAUUGCCCCACUAAGGUAUAAAAUUGUACAGAUAGGCAAGUAAAGAAAUCCAGUUUAAUAAAUCCUUGGCAUCCCUCGACAGCUUUACCUUUCCAAAAGAGGUGCAUGUCUAUUCACCAGCAGCAGCGGAGAUGGCGUCUAAACCCGCUGAUAAUCCCCUGGUAGCCAGCGGUCCACCAUGUCUCUCCAUAACAACAGAUGGCCUUCAUAAUCUGAUGUUGCUAUCUGACUUUGAUUCCACUGAAGCACAAGAAUCUAACAGUGAAAAUAUUCUGUAGUCAUCAGCUAUGCUGGAUGCAUCAGCUAUACUGUGCUUAUUUUGUUACUCUCCUUCCCAGUUCUUUGGUAUGCGAUGCCCCAUUUGGGGCCACAGCUGUCAUUAGUGACCUACCUGCAGUGCAGUGUGUGUCCUCCUGUUUGUUUUUCUAAUCCGCAUCACUGUUGAAGUGCUGAAGAGGGAUAAUCACUCACAUUUUGGAAUUCUGAGUGCUGAAAGCCGGUCUAGUUCUCUGCUUUCCUCUAUGUGUAUUUUGCUAAGCCAGUACUGCAGCUGUUCCCAUGAAGGGUGUUUGGUAAUGCAGUGCAGGACAGUGAUCUCCAAAGGUUUCUGUGGCAAGAUAUUCAUUCGUAUUUUAGUGAGAGCACAAUUUGUGCCAGGACGCACAUCAAAAACUACAUCUGAGACACACAACAGACACCGGCAUACAGGAAGCGUUGCUGGACCUUCCCGAACCCAUGAACACAUGCUCACGUCCCGCAGAAACGCCACCUGCGCCAGGUACAGUAUCGCGCUGCGACACAGGCGGAAAUUAACGUCAAUCGAGACGCGGUCUCUGAACUUAAUUACCAUGGAUCUGAGGAAUGACCUGCAGAACCAAGUCAAUGAUGUUAUUUCCCGGCUGAGUUCCAAACAGCUCUUUCAGUCAGACUGGGACAUUGCUGCUUUUGCCGUGUUUUUCAUCUUCAUAGGUGUGGUCCUUCUGCUCGUAAUACUGGUUCUUGUUCGCUUUUGCUGCUGCUGCUGCUGCGACGCGAUGGAAAAGCCUCGCAGGCAAAAGGUGGGGAUUGAAAACAUGGCACUGGAGCCAUAGGCAGAGCCGGGGACCAUCAGAAGACUGACUGCUAUUUCUGCAGGGGGUGGGGGGCAGCAAAUACCAUGCAGAAAAUCAGCUUAACCAAAACUUUGAUUCUGCCCAUUUCAAUGAAGGCAUACUAGUCUGUACAUUAGAAUAUAUACAGUACUGUGCACACGUCUCGGGCAGUCAGAGAACAUGUCUGAAUGAUCUUCAUGUUGGUGUAAAACUAUGAUAUUAUGUCUGUUGGAGUGUGUCAGCUUAGCCAUUUCAGCCUCCUCCUAAAGUCACCACAGUAUUUGCAGCAACCAUGCAGUACGGCCAUUUAUUUUUUGACUCGACCACUGCUCAUCUUCUUUGGCUAAUCAAUACCACACACAAUUAAUUUAAUUAAUCGAGCUGGUGGUGACAUUUAGGUGAGGCUGAGGAGAGGUUUGGGAACUGAAGCGGUGUUCGUCUAGCCAUCCUGCAAGAUAUUGGUAACUUUUUGGAGAACAGAAGAAAUUGUCUUUUUUUUAUUGUGUUACUGUUAUUUUCCAUAUGUUCUAAGGUUAAGUUGUUUUUUUUCCUGAGUAAAUAUACACUAAAAACCCAGACAAAUAGCCUUAAAACGUUUUCUUUGACUGCCUGAGCCUUCUUCAUGGUACUGUAGAAGUACCAAAAAGGAACCAUAAUACUCAAAUCAGUUUGUUCUAAUUUAAGUAGUAUUGUAAAUAUGGAGGAGAUUCUACAUCUAAUCUUAUGUGGCUUUAAUGUAAGUGGAACCUCUUUUUACCAGGAAUGUCAAACAUUUGGGCGCUGACAUUUAGGCAUCACAUACAGUAUAUAGAAUAUCAGGUAUAGAAUAUCAGGUAUAGAAUAUCUUUCAAUGCUUGUAAACAUCAGUGGAGGGUAAUCGGGCGAGGCUGUCCUGCACUGAUAUGGAGGAUAGGGUGUCGGUGGGUGACAGAUCCAGCAAGCUCCACUGAAACGCUGCCACUGAAAUUUAAGGACGAUUAAUCAGUCUGUGUAAUCAGUCUUCAGGCCAUAAAUGUGUAUUUAAUGUCUGUAAAUUUGCUUCUUUGUACUUAUUUCAAUAUCUUUGUAUUUAAACAAAAUGGCACAAUCA